AUGGAGAGGACAAACUCCCGGAGACGCAAAGCCAAGGGGAUAGAAGCCAGCUCGCCGGCUGAUAUUUCGCUUAUGGUCGAGUUGACGCCACCCAGGGAUCAAUCUACCACAGCUGGCAAGCCACCGUCAUGGCUUCCGAAUACCGCCUGUUAUGUUGUGGUGUUGCUAAUAUUCGUCUUACUGGCAGCCUUUCUUUUCGCUUCCAUCGAGGGUCGUCCCUGGAUCAAAGGACAGAAUACCACGACGACAGAAACACACGGGAAAGAACAACACCAUGGAGGCAUCGGUAUGGUUCUUCAUCCCGAAUCUCAUGUCAGCCGUCCACCCGCUACCCUUUGCUUUGACUGGCGAGUCACGAAGGCGUUCCGGUCCCCAGAUGGCGUUCGGAAGGAAGUGUAUGUCAUUAACGACCAGUUUCCCGGUCCAACUGUCGAAGCCCGCUCUGGAGAUCAAAUUAUCGUCAAUGUCACAAAUCUCCUCCACGACGAAGGCCUUGCUAUACACUGGCACGGUCUGCGGAUGAACGACGCCAAUGACAUGGAUGGCGCAGUCGGCUUGACGCAGGCGCCAAUCCAGACAGGCGAGAGCUUUUUGUACAAUUUCACAAUUGGUCACGACGAGUUCGGCACCUUCUGGUACCACGGUCAUGAAAAGACUCAGCGAGACGACGGACUUUAUGGUGGCUUCAUCGUCCAUCGCCCUGUUGAGCAGUCUGAUGAGAAAGAGGUGUAUGACUAUGCUCAGGAAGUCUUGCUUCUGGUAGGCGAUUGGUACCAUCGGCCAAGCACCGAAGUCCUCAGCUGGUACAUGAAUUCCAGAUCCUUUGGGAAUGAGCCCGUGCCUGACUCUCUCCUCAUCAACGGCCACGGCAAUUUUGACUGCGACAUGGCAGUUCCUGCCCGACCUGUUCAAUGUAUUCCUCCAGCGGCAAGAGAUGACCUGCCAUCGCUACGCUUCGACCACAGUCAUAGUUAUCGUCUGCGCUUGGUCAAUACCGGGUCCCUCACUGGCUUUUCUCUUAAGAUCGAUGCUGCGAGUCUGUACCCUUUCCAGGUAGAUGGUGGCAACAGUAUAGAUAUGGCCGGGGCGCAGAGCAUUGGCAUUGUCUAUCCUGGCGAAAGAGUCGAUGCCAUCCUGCUGCUCCAUUCAAGUAACAGUCGACGGGAGCUAACUAUCGACAUGGAUGAUGAGAAUUUCAAGUACCCCAACCCGGCACUCACUCCGAUGCAGACUUUCCCAAUCACUCCUUCAUUCAACGACGGUGGUGGUACCAAGUCUCUACCCCCAACGCUCGAUUAUUACAAUCUACAGGCAGCCGUAUUCAGUUCCGGGUCCUUGGAUGAGGUCAUGGAAGAGCCGCUGAAGUUUGUGAUCUACACCACAACAAUGAAAUUGGCCAAGCAUCACAAUAUCCCUAUGGGAUUCAUCAAUCACACCAGCUGGUCACCUCAAGCGGAGCCACUGAUUUCACUGCCUCGGACACAAUAUGACCGAAACCAAUUGGCGCCUCACAUUGCACUGUGCCAGAAAGAGAACGAGACGGCUGCUUGCAACGAAUGGGUGGAGGUAGUCAUCAACAACCUUGACGACGGUGGACAUCCUUUUCAUCUGCAUGGUCACUCAUUCUAUGUUGUCUCCGUAUUUCCACCUCCCAUUACAUGGAGCAGUGAGAAGCCUCCUUUCACACCAGGUGGAUCUGGGAUGUACAAUUACAACCCGUUUACGACAACGUCAGCUGUUUCGCCGGCAGGGUCAUACAAUUUGGCAAAUCCUGUAAUGAAGGAUACAGUCUUCGUGCCACAAAGAGGCUAUGCCGUUAUCAGAUUUCGAGCCAAUAAUAAAGGCAUCUGGAUGAUGCAUUGCCAUGUUGGCUGGCAUCUGGGUAGCGGGAUGGCCAUGAGUUGGGACGUCAGUUGA